ACGCAAUGACGUUCAAGGAUUACCUAUCGAUGUGGGAGUAGUCGAACAGAAGAAACGGAAGUGUUACAUAGAAGAAAUCAGUGAGAAGUUUUUUGCUAACUGUAAUUUGUUUAGUCGCAGAAACAACGGAAAACACGAUUUGGAGAGUAAUACAUUUUGUAUCGUUCGUCAUUAGUUAGUCCUUUUGGACUAACUAGUUUUUGUUCUGAGUGAAGAGAAACAAAGUGUCAGCCAGGAUGGAUCCGGCUCUACUUAGAGAGAGGGAGCUGUUCAAAAAGAGAGCCCUGUCUACUCCAGCUGUAGAGAAAAGACAGACUACGUCCGAUUCUGGAUCACACAAGAAGAAGAAACCAAAACUAGACAAGGAGAGCUCAUCUGGCUCCAAACACAGCACUGAAUCCAGUAAUGGAAACAUCAACAUUAAAGCAAGCUCUGGGUACAAGUUUGGCUGCCUGGCCAAAAUUGUUAAUUACAUGAAGACGAGGCACCAAAAUGGGGACACACACUUCCUGACUCUAGAAGAGAUUCUGGAUGAGACCAAACUUCUUGACAUCAGUAUGAAGCAGAAACAGUGGCUUAUGACCGAGGCAUUGGUCAACAACCCAAAAAUUGAGGUUCGUGAUGGGACUUAUGGCUUCAAGCCCAAGUACAACCUGAAGGACAAGAAGGCCUUAGUGAGGCUGCUGGACAAACAUGACCAACUUGGCCUGGGUGGAGUGCUACUGGACGAUGUGGAGGAGGGGCUCCCUAAUGCUGCCAAAGCCAUCAAGGCUUUGGGAGAUCAGAUCAUCUUUGUUACAAGACCAGACAAGAAGAAGGUUCUGUUCUACAAUGACAAGAAUUGUCAGUUUUCAGUUGACGAAGAAUUUCAGAAGCUGUGGAGGAGCGUUCCAGUCGACUCCAUUGAUGAAGAGAAAAUUGAGGAGUACCUAAAGAAACAAGGCAUCUCCUCCAUGCAGGAAACAGGACCAAAGAAAGUGAUGCCAGUUCAGAAGAGAAAGAAGCAGGCUGGGCAGAGGAAGAGACAAUUCAAAACCCAUAACAACCACCUGGAAGGAGUGCUGGAGGACUACUCAGAUGGCGUGCCUGGAAAGAAGUGACAGUUUGCUGGAGUCUAAACUUCAGAGGUGGAGUCACUGGCCACCAUUAAUACGGAUUUUUUUCUUGGCUGUCAUGUCAAAGAAUCUCUUAUUUACAUUCCCUCCAGUGAUCAGUGGUCUUUCAUUAAAUGGAGCCAGUAGCAGCAGAGUUGUGGGAUCCAUUUCAGAUUUAUUGAUCAGAAACAACUUGGGGACUCUGGAGGAAGAGAGUAGUGUUCUGUACUGGUGCUGAUGACUCAAGAAAACCACAACUGUUACAACAUGCAGCACAUCCUUAACUGUUCAAAUGAAAGGAGGCUGAAAUGUGUCGGUACUUUCUUCAUCAUUUUAUUUAUUUUAUGAGUUGUGAGGAUCCCUGAUUUUCUUAUAAGCAGAUUUGAGGUGAAUACUGACUACUCACCCAGCAUCAAACCUCUUCAGCCCUAUGUUGUGGAAUUUCAAGAGUUAGUGCUUUUACUUUGAAAUAUCAUGAUAUAGCAGUUUAAAAUAAUAGGCUUUUUGGAAUUAUUUUAUUAAAUUACAUGGUUACACAA